AACGAAAGCCCUCGACGACGGACGAGAAGAAAGAAGGCGAUUGCAAACUCUGAUCGCGCAGGGUUUCCGAGGAGUCUCCCGUCAUCUCCCUCGAUUGCUCCACCCCAUGAAGCGCUCCAAGUUCCGCGUCAUCGAACAGGUCCUGGGGUUCUUCGAAUCCGUGCUGAUGAGUUGCUUCUUCGGUUGCUUUCGGAUCAAAGAUGAUGCUCGGAGGAAGACCGAUUCAUGCGCCAAUUCGAUCUCCUCCGAGGACAGGGUUUGUUUGGUAUCAACAAAGGAGCUUGCGUCUGAUUCCUUGUUUCGAGAGCAAGAAGCAUAUUCGUGUGUCGUGGAGAAUAUUGAAGAAAGUAGCUUUCAGAAGGAUCUUGAGAUUCAGGCUAAAUUUCUAAAGAAUUGUGGUGCACUAUCAAAAAUUCCUGAAGAAAUACUGAGAACGCCAAACAAAAUAUUUUCUCAGGCAUCUAAGGAUGACUCGUCUCUUAAUUUCCCCUUGCGACUUCCUGGAUUAUAUGGAAUAGAUGAUAAUUUGGACGAACAGAGUGAUCCAAGAGCGCACAGCGUGGAGAAACUGGACGAUCGUUUUGGACUGUCAGAAAAUGAAUUUGAAGGCUCUAUCUUAGAGGAACAACAGAAAGCAAGGAAGGUUCUGCAAUUUGAUGUGACUAAGCAUGUAUCUCAAGUAGAUCCUGCACCGGAUCUUGUUAAUUUGGAUAUUUCUCCUUCUCGUGGUGGUAGCAAGCCUCAAACACUUGAUUCUAGUGAUUCACCCUAUCCUACUCCAUUGAAUUUAACCAAUGAAAUGCAGACCCCUGGAACAGUUUAUCCAGUGAAUCUGGAUAGUCUUGGAACCGGGAAGCACACCAGGAUCCGCACACAAUAUGUAUAUCCUGUUUUGAAGCCCGUGGAGAAUUUACCUCAGUGGGAUGCACUGAGACGAGGCUCUUGCCAGCAUGUUCAGUCGGAUGAUUCCUUUGAGCAGCAGUUGAGUUCCAGAACAGAUAGUGUAGAGAGAAGAAAAAAGGUUUUCCUGACUCCAGCUCGUCAGGAUUCACAGUUUAUCAAUUCAUGGUUGCUAUCUUCCUGUGGAAAGAAAAAUCAAGUUGGAGACCGAAUCUUUACAGAGAAAUCUGUUGACAAGAUAAUGCCACCUGACUUGACACUAAUUUCAAGUGGCAGAGAUCGAGUAGACGUUGAACCAGAUACUCCAGAGCUCAUAAUCUCAAGCUUAUCUCGGUGGCUGAAGCCUAAGCCUCUUAAAAAUAGGAAUUUUGAUGUUACUGCCUUCAUUUCUAAUGAACAGUCUUGUCCUGUGAUGAAUUUUGAUGCUGAGAGGCCUAUAAUCGGAACUGUUGCUGCACAUUGGACUGACGACGAUGCCUGUUCUAAUUCCCACGGGCAUUGGAAUGGUAAUGGAAUUCCAAAUUCAACAACCAAGUAUAAGGAGGAUCAGCGAGUUAGUUGGCAUGCGACGCCUUUCGAAGAAAGAUUAGAUAAGGUUUUAUCUGAUGAGAAGCUUUUGCCUCAAAGGAAGCUUCUAUAUAGGGAACCAAUAGAGUCAGAGGACUAGUACUGUGGCAACCUAAGAAGAUUGAGCAUGCUAUAGGAGUUUUGAGGAGUCCAAUUGUCUUGCAAAUUGAUAACAGAUUGUGGAAUUGGGAUAGCAUAUUCUUGCACUCAUUCAGCACAACUGCUUGUUCAAUCGAGUCUGGAUUUACUUUUGUUGUAUAUUGACAUCCUUCAAAAGCUUACUGGUCGGUCAACAAAUGUUUACAUCUUGGUAUCAGGUUAACCUUAUUGCUGUUAUACUUGACUGCAGUACAUCAGAAAUUGAUGCUGAAGAUCUGUAUAAACUUGGGCCAAGUUUUAUUUAUUUAUUAUUAAAGUUACCAAAAUAUUUCUGAA